AUGCUGCGUCUGUUGUUGUCAGCAUCUGCUGCUGCUGCCGCAUGCAUAUGCCGGCGUACCCUUGGGCAGCAGUGGCGCAUCUCCGUGCUGGAGCUGCAGCAGCGGCAGACUGAGCAUUUGCUGCAGCGCAUUGAUCACGCUGCUGCUGCGUUGGCGGAGCUCGAGGUGCUGCGACAGCUGCUCUCGUCUAAGCAAGCUCCAGGAGGAGGGGUGAAAGCUGUGGACGAGGGCGUGCGUGGUGGGGAAGCAGCAGGCGCAGCAGCAGCAGCAGCGGCAGCAAUUUAA